UGGGGGGCUCGGGCUGGUGCGGCGGGCGGCUGUCAGUCCGGCCAUCAGGCUCUUGGUGGCCCCGGGGAGGUGUUGCUCGCAGCGGUGGUUGGCGCCCUCGUGAGCCGCCUGCCCCACCUGGCCUCGCCGCCUGCCUACCUGCAUUACCUCUUCCCCUCAUGACCCUCGCUUCCUCCUGCUACUUCCUUGGCCCCCGUUGUCGAAUUAGCGAUGUUGUGGGGUUUGGGAGAGGUGGGAGGCAGCUCAUCAAUGUGAAUAUGGAAGUAGAUUGGCAGUAUCCUAUGAGGCGGGAGAUGCAAGAAAUUCUGCCUGGUCUUUAUCUUGGCCCAUACAGUGCUGCUACAAAAUCCAGAUUCAAUACACUACUGGAUCACGGAAUUACACACAUCAUUUGCAUCAGACAAAGUAUAGAGUCACACAUGGUCAGAGCAAAUUUUCCUGACAAAAUAAAGUACCUGAUUCUUGACAUGGCAGAUAAUUUGACACAGAAUCUCAUAUCACAUGUAGCAGAAUGCAGAACCUUCAUUGAUGAAUGUUUAGCAUCUGGAGGGAAGUGUCUAGUCCAUGGAAAUCUGGGCAUUUCCCGAAGUGCAGCUCUAGUUGUUGCUUAUGUAAUGGAGAAGCGGACGCUUUCUUAUAGGGAAGCAUUAGAAUUUGUCCAGAAUAGAAGAUACUGCAUAAACCCUAAUGAUGGAUUUAAGCAGCAGCUAAUGGAAUAUGAAGCCAUAUACAAAGCCCAACAGACUCUGCUAAAUGGACAGUGCUCCCAAGAGAAAGGAAAACUAAAAAGAAAACAUGAUCAGACUUUUGAUGACUUUGAUCAGGACUCCUCAGAACCAAUGGAGUCUGUAAGCUGAUGACUGGGAAACCUUACAAAAGUGAGGUUGUUUUGAAAAUCUGGUCUUGUGAUAACUGGAUUAUUGUUGAAACAGGCUGUUAUAUUAAUGGUCUACAUAAAGAGUUAGUUUUGUAAGAUUUUUAUUUUUUUAUAUUUCAAUGGAUGGAUGGAUUUCAAUACUGUAGUAUUUAUAUUAAUUGCUGAUUGAAUGUUGCAAAUUUUUACUUCUGUCCUGUAGGUAAAUAGUGGACUGACAAAUAUUUCUAUGCUUUUUAUAGAUUUUCAUUUAUACAAAAAAAAGUAUGAAUGAGAAUCCCACCAGUACUCAUUGGUCUUCCUGCUGCAUAUGAAUUGCAGCCUCUUCAGUAAUGGACACAAACGUACAUCAUCAUUUUGACAUAAUAGUAUACUAUACUUAAUACCAUUCACUUUCAUUAAUUGUUGUAUUUAUCAGUCAAAGACUGUUUAAGUAUUACUAUUUAUUUAUUAUUUUGUUUUCAAUCAUGAAAGUGUUACUCUUAAGAAAGGGAAAGUUCAAAUACAUCUGUAAGUUGCUCACCAUUUAAUGAUGAGUUUGCUAUCUUUAAAACAACCUGUUAUUUUACUUCAAAAGUUGUCAUAAAGUUAGUAUUAUCA